AGCCUUCGGAUCCGGGGGAGGCCCCGGGGCGGCCAUGGCCACCUCAGCGCCGCGCACCGUCCUCAUCACCGGCUGCUCCUCCGGCAUCGGCCUCGCCGUGGCCGUCCGCUUGGCCCGCGAUCCCCAGCGGCGAUUCCAGGUCAUCGCCACCAUGAGGGACCUACGGAAGAAGGAGAAGUUGGAAGAGGCAGCGGGAACGACGUUGGGGAAGACGUUGACCAUCCAACGCUUGGACGUCUGCAGCGACAGCUCCGUGGCCGAGUGCAUGGCCAACGUUCCCGGUGGCCGCGUGGACAUCUUGGUGAAUAACGCCGGCGUGGGCCACGUUGGACCCGUGGAGAGCAUCAGCGUGGAGGAGAUGAAGAAGAUCUUCGAGACCAAUUUCUUCGGAGCCGUUCGGAUGAUCAAAGCCGUACUUCCCGAGAUGAAAAGCCACCAAAGAGGUCACAUCGUGGUCAUCAGCAGCGUGAUGGGGCUCCAGGGGAUCGUCUUCAACGACGUCUACGCCGCUUCCAAGUUCGCGGUGGAAGGGUUCUGCGAGAGUUUGGCCGUGCAGCUCCUCCAGUUCAACGUCUUCGUCUCCAUGGUGGAACCGGGCCCGGUCAACACCGAUUUUGAGAUGAAGUUGAUGGAAGAGGUUUCUCGCUCUGAGUUUCCCGGCACCGAUCCGGCAACGAUCCGAUACUUCAAGGAUGUCUACUUACCGGCGUCCCACGAGAUCUUCACCACCUUGGGCCAAAGCCCUGAGGCCGUGUCUGAGGCCAUCGUGAAGGUGAUCCAAUCGCGGCGCCCGGCGUUCCGCGUCCAAACCAACCGUCUCUACACGCCGCUGGUGGCCCUCAAAUACGCCGAUCCCUCCGGAGAUCUCUCCGUCCGCACCUUCUACCGAUUGCUCUUCCACUACGGGACCGUCUUCCACCUCACCAUGGCCGUCCUUCGCUGUCUCACCUGUGGAUGCUUCCGAAGUCGCAUCACCCCGCUCUGAUGGAACUGGGGGGGCUCCUUGAACCCCCCCAUAGCUCCUUGAACCCCCC